AUGCGGUUCAGGAAGCGCCAAUCCGCUGAUGUCUCGACACUUGGGGGGCCGCCGGGUUCCAACGGACGCGGCCAAUUGCCUAUGCUUCAGUUGCCGGACAAGCUGCGAUACAACUUGCUGUGUGUGAUGGGCGAGUUCGUGGGAACUUUCUUGUUUCUUUUCUUCUCUUUUGCUGGUACCCAGGUCUCGAAUACCCCCAUGCCGGCGCCUGGGUCGCCGCCCAAUACUUCGAAUCUGCUGUACUCGUCGCUUGCUUUCGGUUUCUCAUUGACUGUCAAUGUCUGGGCAUUCUUCCGGGUGACUGGCGGUCUCUUCAAUCCAGCGGUGACUCUCGCACUUUGUGUCACUGGCGGCAUGCCCCCUUUACGUGGGUUGUUUGUUUUCCCAGCUCAACUGGUCGCUGGAAUUGCAGCCGCUGGUGUAGUGAGCGCACUAUUCCCAGGACCGCUGAACUGUGCAACUCGUCUGGGUGGUGGAACGUCCAUUUCGCAGGGUCUCUUCAUUGAGAUGUUCCUCACCGCGCAACUGGUGAUCGUCAUUAUCAUGCUAGCGGUUGUGAAGCACAAGUCCACCUACUUGGCCCCAGUAGGAAUCGGUCUGGCAUUCUUCGUGGCGGAACUGAUCGGUGAUUAUUAUACCGGAGGAUCCUUGAACCCGGCGCGCUCCCUGGGACCCGAUGUAAUUAACCGCACAUUCCCCGGAUAUCACUGGAUCUACUGGGUCGGCCCUCUGCUCGGUUCCCUCCUCGCCUCUGCCUUCUAUCACCUCCUGUGCUUCGUACGCUGGGAGAAUAUCAACCCUGGUCAGGAUUACAACGAGCAGGAGUAUAGGGCGAGAAAGGAGUCAAUGGCUCCUUCGGAGAGAACCAUGACCGACCAGGUUCAUUCCGAUGAUGUUCCUGAGCAGAGCCAGCCUGGUCGGGAGAUCCCUCCUGAGCAGCGCCAGCCUAGUCGGGAGAUCCAUCCUGAUCAGCAGGUUUAG